GAGUUAAAGGAUGAUGCUUUUUAUUUCCUGCAUUGAAAAAUAAACUAUGCAGUAGCAGAUCGAAAAAAAGUCCAGUAGUUCUAUUAUAGCCCAUUUCAGGUGGCGUCCAUUGCUGAAGGGGACCCACGGGGGACUUUCCGGUGCAGAGAAUCCGCAAGUGAUGCAGAAAAUGAGCUACUUCUUCCCGCUGCUUUGCGUUGGCCUGGACGUGGGUGUGGUGCGCGCCAUCCGCCAGGCCCAGCUCUCACCUCUCCUCCUCCACCAUCCGUUCAUCACCCUGUGGGGGGGAGCUCUGACCCGGGCCUUGGUCCUGGUUUUUCUUGCCUUAUCUUACCCCGGAGGAGUCCCGUGGGCGAGAAGCUUUGAGGGGCUUCAAAGCGUUGGCGUGCUUUGCUUCCACUUCCCGGUGUUCACCACUCUCCUCUGGUGGCUGGGGCAGUCCACUGUGGGGGAACUGUGGGGAUGGCACUCCUGGGAACGGGUGUUACAGGGUUAUGCAGUGACCGCGGUGGGCUGGCUCUACUGGAGUCGAUACGUUUCAUCGUUUGUGACCAGCGCUCCGUCUAAGAAGAAGGCGGAGAAGCCCGGACCGGACAGCCGAGCCGCUCUGAAGAGGCUGAUGGGAUACAUGCUGCCGUAUACGAGGCGCUUCAUCGUGGUGUUGGCUCUAGUUGUUCUCUCAUCUUAUGGUGAGAUGGCUAUUCCCCAGUACACCGGUCGUAUGGCAGACUGGAUCAUAAACGAAGAAGCACCAGAUGCCUUCUCCCAGGCCAUCACAAUCAUGACACUGCUGACUUUUGCCAGCGCUGUGUUCGAGUUUCUGUGCGACCUGACCUACAACGUGACGAUGAGCCUCAUUCACACCUCAGUGCAGGGAGCCGUUUUCCAGGCUGUGCUCAGACAGGAGAUCGCUUUCUUUGACGCCUCUCCCACAGGUGAGCUGGUGUCCCGUAUCACCACGGACACCAACGACAUGAGCGAGGCGCUGAGCGAGAAGCUGAGUCUGCUGAUGUGGUACACGGCUCGUUUCGGCUUCCUGCUCUUCUUCAUGGUGAGCCAGUCGUGGAAAAUGACCCUGCUCACCUGCAUGGGACUCCCCAUCAUCUGGGUCAUCCCCGAGCUCACCGGACAUUUCCACCAGACUAUUGCUGUGAAGGUGCAGGACUCUCUGGCAAAAGCCAACCAGGUAGCCACGGAGACCUUCUCCAACAUGAAGACCGUGAGGAGUUUCGCCAACGAGGACGGUGAGACGGAGAAGUACAGGCGGCGGCUGGACGAAACGUACUCUCUCAACAAGCAGGAGGCGGUAGCUUACGCCGCGUCUACCUGGGCCAACAGCAUGACCACUUUGGCCUUGAAGGUGUGUAUUUUGUACUACGGUGGGACGCUGGUGACCCGGGGGGCUGUUAGCAGCGGAGACCUGGUCUCUUUUGUUCUCUACGAGCUUCAGUUUGCUUCCGCUGUUGAGGCUGUCAUGCGCUACUACCCAGAGGUAAAAAAAGCAAUCGGCGCCUCCGAGAAGAUUUUCGAAUAUCUCGAUAGGAAACCUCAAAUACCUCCUCCGGGCAGUUUGGCUCCUGAGAAUCUUAAAGGACACGUUGAGUUUAAAAAUGUUCGGUUUUCUUAUUCUGGGAAGACAGAUGACAACAGUGUUGUACUUAAGGAUGUGUCUCUGGAGGUAGUGCCGGGCAAAAUCACUGCCCUAGUGGGGCUUAACAGAUCAGGGAAGACAACCUGUGUCAAGCUACUUGAGAGGUUUUAUCAGCCACAAUCUGGGGAAAUCCUGCUGGACGGGAAACCACUGAAAGACUACAAGGACCAGUACCUACAUGAAAAGAUGGCUGUGGUGAGCCAGGACUGCGUGCUGUUUGCCCGCUCCGUCCGGGAGAACAUCAAGUACGGCUGCGAGGGCGCCUCAGACGAGGACAUGUACAGAGCUGCUAAGCAGGCUAGCGCCCACAAGUUCAUCUCUGAGCUUUCAAAAGGAUACGACACAGAUGCCGGGGAGAAGGGCGGUCAAGUGUCUGGAGGUCAAAAGCAACGCAUUGCCAUCGCCAGGGCUUUAAUCAGAAAACCAAAAAUCCUGAUCCUGGACAACGCCACCAGUGAUUUGGACACAGAAAAUGAAUACCAGGUCCGUGAAGCUCUGAUGAUGCUGGCAGAGGACUGCUCUGUGCUGAUGAUUUCCAAUAAGAUGAGUGUUGCAAAGACAGCCACUCAUGUCGUUGUUCUCAACAACGGGACAGUGGAGGAGGAAGGCAGUCACGAUGAACUAAUGGCGAAAGGUGGCCUUUAUGCAGAAAUGGUAAAGAAACAGGAAGAGGGCUUCAAACGUCCAAAUGACGAGAGCAAUGACGAGCAGUGACCGCUUUGAGUGUUUGGAAGAUCAGAAAGUCGGAUGGUUAUUUGAAGCUUGGGUGAAAACAUAAGCCAAACCUUCAUUGGUACGAAUACUCUUAAUAGGAGGCGACAUUUUUUGCUGCAGCUGAUUGCUUGAGUUUGACCCAGGAAGACAAUUGUACCUUGAAAGUGAGGAAAACUCAACCUGUAAUAAAAGGUUUUGCAUUGCCAACAUGUUAAAACCUCGCUUUGCACAUUUUAACAUAGGAGUCUGUCAAGAAGUUCUUCUGGUUGAAAAAGGAGACCUUAAGCUCCAUAUCUGGUUCACAAAAGCCACAAAAACAUUAAAAAUCAGUUUAUUCAGUUUGUUAUUAUUGUCACUUCACCCAAUUCUAGGCCCUGCUGAAAAGCUUUUAUAUGGCUGUAAAGAAACACACCUAUUGUGUCCUAAAAUGUGAAAUUUAUUUAUUCUGUACAGAAGAUUAAGGCUCCAACAAUAAUAAAUGGUCUGUUAAUCAGUAUAAAACACACCAUGCUUUUAUUUAUGUUUAUGAGAAAUAGCACAAGAGAAAGAAUAGGUUCUUGAUUGAUUUGGAUUUCACACUGAAACUAGCUGGGCAUGUUCCUGAGGUUGGGACUGUGUAGCUUCACUCCAAGUCUGAGAAAUUACAUAUCACACGCUUUUAUUCUUUCCCUUUGCAACAUCCUUUGAAAAAGAUUUUUUCUUUGUUUCAUCUGAGGCACAAAAAACUUGAGUACAUUACUUUGAUAAUAUUUAAAAGAAAAAUGUCAUAAUAAAUGAUUUAGCCUAAACUUUUGGGAAACUGGAUUGAUAAAUAUGAACUAAAUGCAUAUCCUGUGUGUCCAAGAAUAUACCACCUGAUAUUUUCUGCUAAUCCACAACAGCAGCAUCUGGUCAGCAGCAGCCGGCUCACCAAAACACGGUCCCCAGUGAUUAAACCCGUUCUGUUCAGAAGCAAGGACACUAGUAAUAACAAUGUCCACAGCUGAUGUCCAAAACACCUUUAAUAUGAUGAGUCCAAUGUGUGAUUAAGUCAAGAACUCAGGUGUUUCAGUCGGGAAAAGCAUUGCGUGCGUUCCGGAUAUAAAUUCCUACAUACGUUGUUGUAACUGGAUUUGUCUGUGACAGCCAGUAAGCCUGCUUACUCUGUUGCGUUACAUUUGCUUUGUGGUGUCAGUCUUUGCGAUUGUAAUCUUGAAAAUACCACAGUAAUUGUGUGGACUGUUUUGACUAGAUAUUUUCAUUUUAAAACGGGAAAGUAAAACUCAAACUCAUAUUACGUGUAGUGCAAAACAAAACCAAAUAAGACUAUGUUCAUCCCUGUAAUGCUACUAAAACUAAAAUAUAACCCUAGUUUUUAUCACUCGCAACACAGAUGAGGUCUCAUUUAGCUGGCAGUCUUGGGUCAGACUUAGCGUCCAAAACGGUAAACAUUAAAAGUAACAUAAUCAGACUUUUAAAUUGUUCCAUCAAACUUUUUUUUUUUUAUUACAUGGUACAGUAACAUGAAAAGCAGUGCAAACCUAUUCUAACAUAUGCAUUGACUGACACUUCUUAAAAAAACAAUAAAGGAAAAAAAAAAACAUUAUCAAGUUUUGUUGCAUUUUUUUAUAAAAUAUAUUUUUUUACUAAUCACCAAAAUGGCAAUAGUUGCAAAUAAAAGUACAGAUACGUUUUAUUCUUAGAGCACCUUUAACAGAUAAAAAUCAUUUUGUGUUACAUAAUGAUCAAAACAUGGCAUUUAUGAUUCAGCUCUAAUCAUCACAUUGGACAUAGUCCCCUAGAGCUGACCAGCAAUGUGGAAAUAUUACUCAUCAGUAAAAUGAUCUGAGCAAUAAUCUUGUUUAGUUGGGUUGCCAUCCAAAAUCCUGCUUCAAAAUCACCCUCACAACCACUUCAGAUGGAAAAGUGCCCUUUAUCAGUGCAAAUACAGUAAUUUGCGAUACCAACAAACUCCUGUGUAAAGAAUAAAAAAGACACUAAAAGUGACCUUUUAAAAUGUUUUUAGUGUAGUAAAAUAAUUCUGUUUCUAUAAGAAAUCUCAUUUGCUUCAGAUUGUAACAAAACAAAUUCAAAAGCUUGUUUUUGUUUUUGUUUUUUUGCGUUAAUUGAUUUGGUUUGUCCUUUCUGUAUUCUGUAUUCUUAAUAUGUAACAUCUAUGUUUGCUUGUUUUGUUUUUUUGACCUGUUUUUUCUUAUUGGAAAUGUUCUGAUUUCUUUGUGAAAUAAUUUUUGAGUGGAACAGACUAAUAAUAAACUGUUUUGUGGAAUAUGUUUUAGUUUUUUGAGAUUUCUGCUUGACAGAAAAAACGUUUUUGUAUGUUUUUAUAACUUUCAUUUGCUGUUUAAAACCCCAAUAUCACAAAUAGAAUUACAAUACCACCCCCUGUCCCUAUUAGCCAAGCUAAAAACAACUAAGUCAAUUAUGAAAGCAAGCUCAAAUUCUUGAUUUUUUUUUUUUUUUUUUUUUUUUUUUACUUGCUGUAAAUUGUUUUUUGGCUUCAACAGAAUUUUUAUUUAUUCUUACAAUUUUACACUUUUGUGGUCAUUUCCAAAUGUCCCAUAGAUUUGGUAGCAAAUAAAAAGUAUUUUAAGAGUCAA